GUCAGUGGAUCAGCUGCUCGGCUGGAACAAAGCGCCGAGGAGGAGCGCAGGAGAGAGCCAGGGAGGAGAGGGGAAAGGGUCUCCUGCCAGCUCCCUCCUCUCUGGGCUCCUGGAGGCUGCCCUCCCGAAGGGGAGAAGACCCUGGGAAGCCCUGGGAGACAGGGGCCGACCCCAGCCCCAGCCCCAGCCAUGGACAGCGACGAGGAGACCCUGGAGGAGACUGUCGAGGGAACACUUGAUGAUGAUGGGAUGCCACAUGGAUUCUGUACAGUCACAUAUUCAUCCACAGACAGAUAUGAAGGAAACUUUGUCCAUGGAGAAAAGAAUGGUCGUGGAAAAUUCUUCUUCUUUGAUGGAAGCACUCUUGAAGGCUAUUAUGUUGAUGAUGGUCUGCAAGGCCAGGGUAUAUACACUUAUGAAGAUGGGGUGGCUCUCCAUGGCACAUAUGUAGAUGGCGAACUAAAUGGGCCAGCCCAGGAGUAUGAUGCUGAUGGACGGUUGAUAUUCAAAGGACAAUACAAGGAUAAUAUUCGGCAUGGAAUUUGUUGGAUAUACUAUCCAGAUGGGGGACACCUGGUUGGAGAUGUUAAUGAAGAAGGAGAGAUGACUGGAGAUAAAAUAGCUUAUGUAUACCCUGAUGGGAAGACAGCCUAUUAUGGACAAUUUGUAGAUGGUGAAAUGUUAGAAGCAAAGUUGGCAACCCUUGUAUCCAUAGAAGAAGGAAAGCCAAAAUUUGAAGUACUACCAGGCAGCCCAGUAUACAGUUUUGAUAAAUCUACUUCAUCCUGCAUUUCUACAAAUGCACUUCUUCCUGAUCCUUAUGAAUCAGAGAGGGUAUAUGUUGAUGUAUCGCUCAUUUCCAGUGCUGGAGAAGGGUUAUUUUCUAAAAUAGCAGCUGAAGCUGGCACAGUUAUGUCCUUUUAUAAUGGUGUACGAAUUACACACCAAGAGGUGGACAGCAGGGAUUGGGCGUUGAAUGGAAACACAAUAUCCCUUGAUGAUGAAACAGUCAUAGAUGUACCAGAGCCCUACAACCAUGUAUCCAAAUACUGUGCCUCCUUGGGGCACAAAGCAAACCACUCUUUCACACCAAACUGUGUUUAUGACUCAAUUAUUCAUCCUCGAUUUGGCCUGAUUAAGUGCAUUCGCACAAUUAGAGCUGUGGAGAAAGAUGAAGAAUUAACAGUGGCGUAUGGAUAUGAUCAUAAUUCCACUGGACAAAAUGGGCCGGAAGCACCUGAGUGGUACUUAGUAGAACUGAAAGUUUUCCAGGCAUCCCAGAAAAAGUGAAAUGCAAAACAGCUUCCAUGUUCAGAAUACUGGAUCUAUGCACUACCCUUGUUAACUGGAAUCAGGACCGCCAGGGAUUGUUCUGGAACCCUUCACUCUGUGUCAGAGAGAGGUGGCUUGUUUUUUUAGCAUACUAACAGUUUGAACUGUUACCCUAGAACAAUUUUUAAAACAUUAGCCUGUGUUGUGAAAUAACUAUUUAAUACGCUAUAGAAAAGUGUAAUUUUCUUUGGCAACCAUUCUGUAUCACUUGCAAACUUGUUGAAAUCUAGAAGGGUAUAAAAAGGCUGGGGAUUUUGCCUACACCCACAGUCUAGUUGUAACUGUGCAACUGUAUUUUGUAUACUUGCCAUUUUGUGAUGGUAAUAGAAUUGUGAUGUUUUUAAUAUUCUAGAAAAGUAGCAUCAUUUUUGCUCUUAAAACUUUUGAGAUGAAUGUUUUAGAGCAGUUUCUGUUGUGGUGCACAGGAGGCGGGCCUUUGCAACUCCGCCCUAUCUCUAACACUGUCAUUUUCUUAAGAAAACAUACACCGCACAAAAGGUUUAAGCAACAAUGUUACAUGUAGGUUUUUAUGGCUCAGUGGAUAAAUUAAUUUUAGAAAUGUGCCUAAGGAAAUGGUAGCCGGUGGAACUUUAAUUAUGAUAAUCACACUCAAAUAACUUCUUCUUGUGUGGUAGGUGUGUGUAUGUGUGUGUAUGUGUGUGUGUGUUGGUGUGUUUGUUUUUUGUUUUUAAUUAAAAACUUAAAAGCAAGAGAGAGGGUAAAUAUAAUCAGUGUAGAUACAAGCAUGUAAGAUUACAACAAGAGAUUUCUUGCUUGCUAAAUGUUCCUUCUAUGAUUCUGUGAUCCUUCUCCUUUCUUGCCUUGAAGUGGCAGGUUGAUGGGAUCUGAGAGAGAGGAAUGCUAAACAGGGCUAGAUUUGAUGGACUUCAACAGAUUACUAACCAGAGAAAUUGCACAUUGGAGCCCUGUUUAUUUUAUGUUAUAUAAUAUAAAAUGUUAAUUUAAGAGGGAUUUAAAAGGUUAAAGGUUUAAAAAAAACUUGAAUGUAAAGCUAAUUACAUUUAUGUAUGUGUCAAAUACUUUAUUCUUAACUAGCUUUUAUUUGUUAUCAGCAAAACCAUAUGGGAAGUAAGAUUUCAAAGAUCUGCAGGUCAGUUAUAAUGUUGGCAUUUAAAAAUAUAUAUUUCUAAAUAUUUGCAAUAGAUUAACAAAUCAUGCGCUUGCUACUGCUGAUACUAUCUGGAAUGUGUUCACUUGAUCACCUGCCAUGAGGGGGAAAUGGCUUUUAGACUGUAAUGCUGUACACAGUUAUCUUACAAAUAAGGCCAUUGAGCUCAAGGGGAGUGAUUUCUGAGGACAUGUGCGUAAUUGUAUUGUCAGUUCUCCUGCAAAGGGGGAAAAUACUGUUACAUAUGUUCUUUACCAAAAGCGGGGUGGGUAAAGUGAGGAGCAAAGUACAGAAUUAAAUACAAAAGAACAUAAGAUAAAAACAAAGGCUUUUCAGAGAGUAUUGAAAAGGCAUAUAGGUUGACAAAUUGAAUUCUUUUGUCCCUAUAAUAGAUUUCCAGAGAAACAUGUUUGCAAUUUACAAUUUUAUUAAAGUUUACUAAUUUAUUUAUUUUUGUUACAUUUGAUACUUGUGCUUGCUUUCUUUUCCUCUCACUUUAUGUCAUUCACUAUUCCUUAACUAACAUUUUAGUACAUAAUAAAUUUAGAACUUAAAAAUAAAUGCAAAAGGAUUAGGCGUUCAACAUAGAAAUUGCAUAGGGAUCAGUGAAAAAGAGGAAAUAGUGAUGGCAAGCGAUGUCUUCCCUACCAAUGAAAUGGAGAAGCUGCUCUGAGUUUGGUCCAAACAUUGAAAUUAACUAUUUGGAGUGCUGAACCUUAUCCAAAAAUAGGAUCAGCACUUUUGAUAACUCUUUUAAGGUAUGGUCUAGAUCCCAGAGUGGAUUUCUUACACUACUGACAUAGAAACCACCAGCCAGUAUUCGAAGGCAGUGGUUUCAAACUGGAAAGUAAAUCACUGUGACUCACUUGCAGAGGAAACUUUAUUUUUUUAUCACCUUUAAUUCAAAUGAAUUUAAAUACAGGGUCUUCCCAGUUGUGAUGUUUAGACUCACAAAAUGAAUUAGCUUUAGAAAAAUGUUUUUAAAUGUCUGUCUAAUAUUUCACAGCAAAAAGACUGUGAGCGAAAGUUUUGUCAGUUUUCCAGCUUUUCCCUUAAAACUCAGCCUCAGAGGAUGGCAAUGGCAAAUCCCCUCUGAAGAGAUUUGCCAAGAAAAUCCCAUGAUAGGAUCACCUUAGGGUUGCCAUAAGUUAGAAAUGACUUAAAAGCACACAACAACAACUUCAGCCAUUUGUUUCAUUAGCUAAGCUGGGCCUUCAGAAGCUGACCUGACCCUCACUCAUUGAAGGCUGAAAUUCUAAUGCUGCUUUUACAAACUAGUACAAAACCAAGAUGGAAAGUGGAUUGAUGAUUUUUAAAUACAAGCACUAAAAAAAUAGCUAUUUCUGUUUGUUUAUGAAAAUAUUUGCAGAUGAGUAUUACUAAUUUUAAAAGCCCACUUUCUGGAUUUUAGUUCAGUGAGAUUAUUCAGUAGCCAGGGAAGAGAGAUUCCUUCAGUGAUCAUGAUGUUCCAUUAGACAUAAAACUUCAUAUUCUGUGUUUGUAGUCCUAAACCCACUUAUUGGUGAGCAAGUCUUAUUUAAUUCUUUAGGACUUAUUUCUGAAUAAACCUGUAUAGGACUAUAUAUAGUAUUACAGGUGCAGUCUGUGCAUAUUGAGACCCCUGUUAAGAUACAGAAAUACUAGCCUAAUUGUAAAGUCGAAGGCUUUCAUGGCUGGCAUCCAUAGUUUUUUGUGGGUUUUUUGGGCUAUGUGGCCAUGUUCUAGCAGAGUUUCUUUCUGACGUUUCACCAGCCUCUGUGGCUGGCAUCUUCAGAGAUGCCCCUCCCCUCAUAGUAGAAUAUGUAAUAUGUAUCAUGUUUUCCGCAUGAAAAUCCAACCCCUGUACCUUCACAUUACUAUAGUACACUUUGUAGUCUAUCCUAACCAUUGGGAUGUGCCCUGAGCUAGACAUUUCUCUAUUUUUUUAAAAAAAAACUUUUAAAUAUCUAGUGUCACAUACUAUUCUUUUUCAAAUUUCUUCUGUUGCUUUCUAGAGACUGACAGUUCUCUGUUGAGUCUGUUAAUAUGUAAUUGUUAAAAAGUACAGUAUGUUCACAAGGUAUGUGGCCUUUGCUGGAAUAUGGGCAAGAUGAUCUGUUUUACCGCUUACAUUUUAUGUUCUGAUAGGGACACUUCUAGAUUGCAGAUCUCUUGUGAAUCCAUCAGACAAAUGUUCAUCAGUAUAUUUUAAAAAAAAAAACUUCCAGGAAAAGAAAAUGCUGAAGUUGCCUUUCCAACCUGUCUCAUAGCCUGUUUUCAGAAGUAGAAAGUGCUUAGACUACCUACCGGUAAAUCUGCUUUGCAGAAAGUUGAAUCAACAUUGUUCUGUGUACAUUUUUCUCUUUUUGCUUUAUAGCUGCUUUCUGGAUAUUUGACAAUUGCAGUGGAGUUUCCUUUCCACUACCACCAGCUUUAAUAUCUUCUAUAAUGCAAUACUAAUCAAGUAGUACCAUAUCAUAUUCUUGUUCUUUGGUAUGUGCAGUUUAACCUUGGUUUCAGCAAAAUGAUGGGUUUCCUGCAAAACAGCAAAACCUGCAUAAUUAUACUGUGUGUUAGUGAUAUUCUUUUGAAGCAGGGGAAAACAAGAGUGGCUUAAUGGGGACAGAUGUUGGUUCUUAUGAAUGUUUGCCGUCUAUAUUGCAGGGCAGAGCAGAGCAUUCUCUAGUAUUUUCAUGUAACUUUGAUGCUGACAUCCUGUAUUGGGAAACAUGGUACUUCCCUAAAUAGGACAUACAAGACUAAUCAAUUAAAAGUUGAUAGUUGCUUUGAUUUUCCAAUAAGAAUUGCUUUGCCAGAUCAGAUCAAGAUCCAUCUUAUUUGGCAUUGUACUCUCCAUUAGUGGGCAGCUAGGGAUCUCUGACAAGUCAUUUGGGAAUGAUGGCCAUUCUCAAGAUCUCUUUGACUUCUAAAUAUGGAGGUUCUGUCCAACUGAGAUUUUGACUUCCAUAAAGAAGCAUUUACUUUUAGGAUCAGUUAUAGCCAAUGUCAAUGCAUGGCCAAUGCCUGUUGGUAUUUAAAAACACACAAGUUGUAAUUAAGUAUGGUAGGAACUCUGUGUGUGCAAUGGCCCAUUUCAGAAAGAAGCUCCUUCUUACUUUCAUCCAGAUUUAUUUAUGAAGCAGCUUGUGAGAUGGAAAACUGGAUGGCAUUGUCUAUUUGAAAUCCCAAGAAGAUGAUUCUUGUACAUAUGCUCUGUUUGACUUUCAGUAAGCUUUUAUUUGCAAAAUUGGGGGCAGUGACUUUUUCUCUUCAGUGAAUGUACAAUUUCCAGUAACAAUUAGUUAUGUAAGUGGCAGGUGCUAUAAAAUCCUUACCUGAGAAGAAAUAAGUCUGUAGAAGCAAAACUGGCAAAAGUCAGCCAACAUGAAAAAUACAAUAAUGGAAACUUAAAGGGGUAUAAUAUACAGUACAAUCACCCUCCCCUCUCACUCUAUUCUGCAGACAUUUCCCCCUGUAAAUAAACAGUAUCUUGGUAAGCUCUUUUAAAGGCCACUACAGAUCUUUUUCUUUUUCAAGCAAGUUCUACCUCCAUGUUCUGGGAAGCUGAGCUCAGAAUUAGUAGAGUCUUUAAUAAUUUCUAAAUCAUUUUAGUUUGUAAUGUUGUAGCACUGUAUGCACACAGUACUUUUUAAAAUAAUUUCUGCACAAGACCAGAGUAGACAUAGUUAGGGUUUGGCAGUGAGUCUAAAUAGUAUAAAGUAGAUGAGAAAAUAAUAAAAUGCACUUGUUUUUAAGCACAAAGUAUCCCCCCCCAAUAUAGUGAUGGCUCUUUAUCUCUGCUUAAGUUCAGCUGCUGUAAGCUCUUUCCUUGGUUUACAUGGAGAAAGUACUAAGGUGGUUUCAUCUCUUUCCUUAACAUUUUGUGUUAAUGACUGUAAAACUGAAGCAGUCUGUGUUCUCUUUUUCUGCCCAGGGAUUCUGUGACUCUCGUUUGUGUGUGUGUGUGUGUGUGUGUGUGUGUGUGUGUAUUAUUUUGUACUAUUUAGAUUCACUGCCAAAACCUAACUAUAUCUACUCCAUAUAAACCAAUAUAUAUAUAAAAAUGCCUUCCAGUUUAUGUAAAAGAUUGAUCUUAGAAGGUUCCUGCCAUCCCACUAAUGGAAUUGUAUAUGUUUUUAAGGCCCUUGGGGUACAGUAUGUUUAGCUGUACCCAGACAAACCCUCAGGUAGCAGGUGCUCCCAAUCUGCCUUUAAGGCUGUUGUCAUUUGUCUGAAAAAUGUUACUAGUAUCUAAGAUAAUGGCAUGACCUUUACUUCUAAAUAUCCAUGGGGAGUACAGUCGCCCCUCCUAACUUGUGGAUCUGGGAUCCGCGCCCUCGAAUAUCUGCAAAAGGCCGACCUCUGCUAUUUCCAAUGGCACACACACCUGGCAUGCACCCAGGGGCACGCCCCAUUCAACCCUAUGAAGCUUGAAUAUGCACAAGCCUCCAUUUUCACUCCAUGAAAAUGGAGGACCAACUGUACUAACAUAGCAACUUUUCUUGUGCUAAACUUAGGGGCUGUACAAACAGCUCUGAAGGGGCGUUCUCUAGCCACCCAUUUUUCAGCUGGAUCGGGGCUGCAGCAACCUCAUGCCGCAGCCCCGAUCUGGCCUUCUGAGGGUACAAUAGCCACAGUGGCACAACUAUAUGAUGCCCCUUUGGUUCUGCGUCAUCUGACCACAGAACUGGAGGCGCAUCAUAGCACUGCACGCCAUCUGGAGCAGCGCAUGGCAUCAAGGUGCCCUGGGGGCGGUGUUGGGUGUGCAUCAUUAGGACACUGCAUCCCGACUCUGCCUCCAGGCCGGCCUUUCAGACCAGUCUGUACAGGGCCUUAAUCUAGGACAGAAAUAAGCACACAGGCCAUAUUUGAUAGACACAUUUUCUAUCACAUUCCCAAGCAUUUACCAUGUGAUGACUGUAUGAAAAUAUGAUCUUUCUGGAUAUAUGGGUGAAGAGUAGAUGUGUGGAAAGGCCCUGGCAAGCCAAACUUAAUCAAUGGUUCAUUGAUUGUUGCCUGUCAGUAUCUGGUGCAGUUACUACUUGGUGAAGGGUUAAUGUUCCCUAGUUGUUUCAUCAUUGUCUGAAUUAUGGGACUGAAUUAUUUUUGCAAACAUUUUUUCCACAAAACUAAAAUAUUUGCAAAGCAUCUGUAACAGAGCAUUGCAGACUGAUGGCCAAUGUCAUCAAAGUAGGUUUGAUUGUGUAAUAAUAUUCUAAUAUAAUUUAAUCUGUCGGAGGUAAAUUAGUUCUAAUGUCAUAGUUGCAACAGAGCUGCUGUUUAGGCAUGCUAAGUUAUUAUCUCAUGGGUAGGUCAGUUGCUAGAUGCUUGCAUUGGUCAGAGGUUUUAAAUGUAAUCAUUUCUUAUUGUCAUUUCUCUCUGCAGCAAGAUGGUCUUGUGCUUCCUAACAAUUUUUUUCUACUGAAAAUUUACCAGACUGGGGUGGGUUGGGGACACACAGGACUACAGUACUGCAUAUUUAAAUACAAUUAAAUAUGCAAGCCAUAAGAUUAUGGACAAGAGGCAGGGUUUAUUUUACAAGACUUUUGAGUGCGUAUGCAUGUGUAUAAGAGUUGUAUGGAAAAUAUUUUUAUGAAAGACUGUAUAUAUAAAAUAUUACUUAGCCUAUAAUUGCAUCUGUAAAUGUUUUUAUUAAGAAAAAUAUGGAAGUCCAACCAGAAAGAAAAUCUCUUAAAGUACAGAAAUUAAUAAGUAAUAUAGUUGGAGAGAGUGUUUUAUAUAACUUCUGGAUUUUUAAUGCCAUCUUUGACAUUUCAAAACUUUGCUUCCUGCUGUUUCAUAUUCAGUGAAAACAGUAGGCCAUAUGUUAAAAGUAGUGUUAAUUGAUAGUUAAAAAUAAGAAAACUGUUAUUUAAAAUGUUCACUUUUUCAGGAUUGUAGAUAGUUUUGCAGUCUACAUCAGAUAUGGAGCCAGUUUGGAAAUGCAUGAAUUCUAAUAAGGCAGACUUAUAAAAAGAAGUAGAAGACGCCGUUUGCUUUGAUUCAAAGCUUAGAUACCUUAAUAUAAUAUAUGAGAGUACAUAUAGCACUUUGAUUUUGGGGUCACUGAAUCUAUUUGUAGCAUUAAAUUUAAUUUUUAAAUGUUUUAUUAGUCAAUAACAUGCUGUUGACAUCAUGCUCAUCUGAAGAGAGAAAUGCAUGUGAUGUGAAAUUAUUUUAAACAAGUUAAUUAACUCCUUCUGGUAAUGGUAGUAAGAAAUAAGUUAAAAUUACAGGUAGCUUUAGGGGUAAAGAAUGAUGUUUUAUUAUACUUGAUAAUGAAAUUACCUCUAAUCAGUAAAACAUGAUUGAAAAAUCUAAUAUGAUUUCUAUAUAGUAGAAAGAUAUGGUGAGAGAUAUGAUGAGAAUUGGUAUAGGCAGGAAUUUAUAUCAAACCUUCAACCAUUUUCAACCUGUUUUUGUAUUAUUUAAAAACAACACUGCAAUAACAUAUAUUUAUAGAUCAUUGAGUGUUGCCUAGGAAGCGUCAUCUGAUUUUCAUUUGUUCUCCUGGAAUGUACCUGGUUGAUGAAGGUCAUAUAAUCUGGAGUUUCUAGAUGUUUACUCCAAAUUUGAUGUGGGCUUUCUGUGGGAGAUAUGGAUGUGCAAUUACAAGAAUCCUGAUACAACUUGUUAUUCCCAGCUAAAUCAUCUCUAUAUGAUUCCCCUGGAGUACUGGCUGUAUUUAUUUUAUAUUGUUCAGUUUUGAAUGUCAGUUCUUUGUGACUGCUUUAUGGAUGUUUGGUAUAAACACAUGUGAAUUUGGAUUUUUUAAAGGUUUGUCUGGAAGUAAGGGCCAGAACAGAUGGCCCUUUAAAGCUGCUGUCCAGGCAUCUUGGGAGGGCAGCAUUUAUACGCUCCCACACUGCCUGGAAGUCAGGCAGCCACCCAGAAGUGGGCGGCUUCAAGACACUGUUGUGGCAUGGCAUUUACGUGCAACAUGCCGCCAGAGCAUCUUGAAGUCAGCUUCAGGCUGUGGCAGGGCCAGGAAAGGCACCUCUUUCCUGACCAAAAAGGAAUUGAUCUUUUCCAUUAAUUUUUGGGCCACAUACAAGACAGAUUGGGGCUGCGACAUGUGUUUGCCGCAGCCCCAAUCCAUCUUCAGUGGGAGUGGCUUCAAGCCACCCCUUCUUGCUGGUCUGUUCCGGCUUAUUUUAUGACAAGGACUUAAUUCUGGGAGGACUUCCAUAUGAUUGUACUGUUAAUGGCAUCGGUCCCUCCAGAAUCUCAGUGUCAUGUUUAUAGUGUCAUGCUUAUAGGACAAUUUGAAUCUUUUAUUGGAAUUUUAGAAACAGAUUACCUACAUAUGACAAUUGUGCAGCCUAUGUUAAAGUCCAAAUCAUAACAAUUUGUGCUCACUUACAAAUAUUGCAAAUGAGGUAACCUGUACUAAAAAUCAUUAUUUAAGCUAGUCAUAUCUCAGAAUUAAAAAAUAUUGAAGUUUUGCUUUUGACAAAAAUGGUACAAAAAUACAUACAACCUUAAGUUGGCAUGAAGAAGUAAUCACAGAGGAUAAAAUAAUUUUACUACAGAUGUUAAGCUCUACCUCAUGAGUAUGUUAUCAUUUUAAAAAUUAAUAAAAAUGGAAGUGUUCACUGUGCAGUUGAACAAUAAACAAGCAAACUUUAAUGCAAAUGAGCAAAGCAAUGCUAUAAUCAUUACACAGGCCUUUUCAGACUGUGAAGUUCUAAAGAACUUGCAAUAUUUUAAAGAAGAGGAGCUAUUUCAGUCACUUGGUAUCUUUAUUGCACUGCCUUACACAUGUUCAUGUAGUAACUUGCUGUGGUGAUUGUGUCACACAGACCUGCCUGCUAAAAGUAACUUGGACAUGAAGAAGCAGAUAUGAGAAGAACAAUAAUUCUUUAUCUGAGGACCGUGAAUAGAUUUCAAAAAUACUGCAGAAGAUAGAGGGCACAUUGAUGUAGUUUUAUCAAUUAGCUAUUUUCUAGUAUCAGUAAAUAAAAAAAUAGAAUGACUAAAACUAUUUAAAGAGAUAAAAGGGUUUGGCAACAUGCUAUGCACUCACAAGACAUGAUGAAGUAUUUCUGCGUUCACUGUAAAGAAUAUUCUCAUGCAAAAGACUAUUGAUUAAGCUGCAGCUAUGUUUACAUCACUGUCAGACAUAUAAAGUUCAGAUUGAAGUGACACCUUAUUUAACCUGCAGAAGUUUUGGUUUGCAUUUCUCAAGUGACCUGGACAAUAUGGAUGAGGCAUGGUAAUUUAAGCACAGAAACUCUGACUUCAAUUUCUGUCACCCAGAAAGUUGUUUUAAUACAAUAUUUGCCAUGUGCUGCUUCUCAGAAGGCCAUGUUGAUGGUUGUGGUGGUGGUGGGGAGAUAACUGUGGUCUAUAUAUCCACUCUGCUACUUAAUGGUGGCUUGCUCUGUCACAGGGAUUGUAAUAGUUAGAAAUAAGACCAGUCUCUCAAGGUUCAUUGAAGUAUGUUUGCAAGAGAAUACAGCAAAAACCUGUAGAAGCAACAAACCAAGAUUGCAUUGGGUAACCUGCGAGUUGCAAAUAAGACUGUUGAAUGUGAUCUGUCUAUCCUUUUCUGUCUUGUAAAACAUUAGACUUUGCUAAGGAUUAAAUGUUUGGAAGCAUAAUUCUAUUGAUCUGAACUCUUCAGUGUAAAUAGUAAGCUCUGUACUUUAUUUAUGAACUGUGGUAUACUAACUGAGAAAGUUAUGUAUCUCAAUGCCUUUGCUUAUAUAUUUUAUUGCAACUUUAAAUGCUUUCUUUAUUCAUAUAUUUUUGUUUCCAUUUUUCCCUUGUAAAUUGAAACUAACUGUAUGCAAUUUGGGUAUAGAAACAGUUGUUUUGUUGCAGUGUGGUAUAUAUAAAUCAAUUUGUAUUAUUUGUCUGGGUUGGAUCCAGAAUUUGAAUUCUGCUUUUCUUGUAGAAGGUUCUACCACCCAAUUGGGGAGAUCUCCCCAAAAUUUCCUGCACUCACCCUCACAACUGGCUCCAUUCAAUUGGGUCCCCAGGCCAUCUAUCAGUUGCUCUAAUGUUACGGUCUGGCAGAAUUGCUGUGAGAAAGAGAGGCAGGGAAGGGUGGUUGCACCAGUCCAUUUUAACACAACUACAUCUGAAUCCAACCCAAUAGGUUUUUAAGUCUGCAAAUAAAUUCCUUAAACAAUAACUGCGGAAAUUACUGAUUUCAGAAAUUCCUGUAACAGCAUAUGAAAAAUUAUCUAUGAAAUAUGAAAGGGCUCCCAUUUCUUCAUAGCGGCCACAAUGAAAUCUGUGCAUUUUCCAAAGUGGUUCCAUGUCUGUAACUGAAAGUUUAAAGAAUACUGACAAUCCUGAAAAUAAUCUUACUACAAUUUGCAGUUUGCUUUAUAAAUAACUGCAUGUAAAAUUCCAUCUAGAAGUCUCUACUUAAGUAUGUAUUCUAUCAACUAUUUCUCUCUCUCUCUCUCUCUUUUCUAUUCUCUAUGAAAUUUUAUUUUGGAAGAUAGCUCUAGCUGACUUUAAGCUUUUUGCAAAAAGGAAUUUUUCAGUGUGUAUGGGAUUUGCCCAAUGAAUAAAUCUAGUUAUUUCUUGGCCUUGUGGGGUGACACUUUUACCCCUCGGAUAAGACUGCAUUUCAUUGUAGUUACAGGCAAUUCCACAAUAACAAGUACUUGAUUACUAAAAAAUAUUAUUUUAUGAGAACAAUGAGCCUUAUUGACAUCCAUAGCUUUUACUUAUAACUUCUAAAACUAUGGAAAACUAUAAAGAAAAGUUUACAUGAACGACAGUUGCACUUUUUGUUUACGAAUGAGGGUUGCUUUUUUAAUAUCUAGUGAAUGCAUGUAUGAGGAAGGGGAGAAAAUAUUUCUGGGGCAAAAUGUUCUUGCUUUAAAUUACAUUAUGAAAAUAAAAAUUACAUGAAUGACA